AUGACUAUAGACUACUAUAAUAUUAAUAAUUCCGAGACUGUUGCACAUGGUAUUACUUUGGGAUCUGCAAUAGUGGGUGUUUUUUAUAAAAAUGUGACUGACACAUACGAUACAAAGAGUAAAUUACUAAGUCAAUUUGAAUUAGCGUGCAAAACUGAUGGACCGGAUCCAUUUAAGAAUGUGUUACCUAGGCAGACUAGUGAACCAUCGCGAGGAUUAUCUAUGAGAUUAGUAGACUUUCGGAGAGUCUGCCUGGUAAUGAGUUUGCAGAAGAUUUGGACUUAA